ACCUUCACAUGGUCCGCCCUGUUUAGACUAAUGCAAUCAACUCGACGUGCACAAACGGAGGAUCAAAUAGAACAAGUUGUCCAACAACUUUAGGCUGUGCACGCCACACGAAAGAAGAAGAAGGUAGAGGACUGGGGGAUGACCAUGUCUUGGAUACCAAACAAAGAUAGAUCUGGGCGUAAGCACACAAAACUCUGUAGUCAACCCAGGAGCGGUGUCACCAGCUGCGCUUUACACGCCCUUAUCCCCCCGGGGUACAAUCACUGGAUGUUUUGCUGAUCUGCUGUUAUUCGAACAAAUGCCAAAAACACAAUCGCGUUCAACACUUCACAGAUCUCCGCCUUGAAGAUGGCAACCGGCUUAGCCCAGGACGCUUUAGGGGAAGAAUUAACUUGUGCGAUCUGUUUGGAGAUCUACACGGACCCUGUGGUACUCGACUGCAAACACAGCUUCUGUUGUGCCUGCAUCGAGGAAACUUGGAAUGAGACGAACAUAGUCAGCUACUCGUGUCCCGAAUGCAGGGCGGAAUACAGCGAGAGGCCAGUGCUGGAGAGGAACUUCAAACUGGCAAAUAUUGUUCAAAGAUACCUGGCUCUGGAGGUCUCCCGGAAUGCGAUUUUAUGCAACUACUGCACUCAAAAACGGCGACCGGCUGUAAAAACCUGCCUCAAGUGCGAAGCCUCGAUGUGUGCCGAGCAUCUGAGGCAUCACACCGAGAGUGCUGUCUUCAAGAACCAUCUCCUCGUCGACCCCACUGCCGACGUAUCCCGGUGGAAGUGCACGGAGCACCAGGAGCUACUGAAGAUUUACUGUAAAGAUGACCAAGUGUGUGUCUGCACCCUGUGCACUUUAAUCGGCAAACACAAGGACCACAGCUGCGAGAGCAUCGGUGAGGGAGAGAAGGAGCUGAGGAAUCAUUUGCAACAUCAGCUCCAGAAGAUCCGAAAUAAUGUUGAAGCUGUUCAAUUAGUUCUGAGCAACCUUCACAAAGAGAAGAAGAAUGCACAGAGCAUAAAAAGAAAUGUACAAGUGAAAAUUAAAGCGAAAUAUGAGACCCUGAGGAAACACAUCGACAAGGAGGAGAGGAGAGUACUGCGGUUCCUGGAAAGUGAACAUAAUUGCUUCGCUACGGAGAUUGAUGGCGAAAUCAUUGAGCUGGAAGGGAAAGUGAAAGACUUUGAAAAGUCAUUUUCUGAUCUCGGUGAACUUCUGAAGCACAAUGAGGAGCUUUCAUUUAUCCAGCAACUGAAUUCGAUGGCAGACAGAUUGAAGGAAGCUUCUGAACCGUUCGUGGCAGAGACUCCUACCUUUGAUCUGGGUAAAACUGUUGUGGAAAGGCUUGCAGACUGGGUCCAGGGACAGUAUGUGGCAGCACCUCCACCAACUCUGGGGAGUAACUUCCUGGUCAGUAUGUAUGGACAAACGCCAAGUAUGGAUCCCCGCACGGCAUUUCCACACCUGAUCCUGUCCACUGGCAACCUCUCUGUGUCGGGUUCCAAACACCGGCAGCCUUACCCGGACAGCCCCAAGAGGUUUGACUACUGGUGGCAGGUUAUGUGUACGGAGAGAGUAACCUGUGGCCGCUGCUACUGGGAGGUGGAGGUGGGCGGAGAGCGCCGCCGCUGGGACAUCGGAGUGUGUUACGAGAGCCUGAGCCGGAAGGGAGAGGGGAAACAAUGUUCUCUGGGACAGAACAAGGAAUCAUGGUGCCUGUACUCUGAACCUGGUAGUCUUGCAGCCUUGUACGAUGACAACGUUACCAGGCUGACUGUUCCCCUGCCCAGUAGGGUGGGUGUGUUUGUGGACUUUGAAGCUGGAAUUAUUUCCUUUUACAGUGUAGUGGACAAGAAAUUAUCUCUGUUACACACCUUUCGGCAGCAAGCGUUCACUAAACCCCUCCACCCAGCACUGGGAGUGGCCGAUUUCACCACCUCCCUGGCACUGUGCACUCUUAAGUAAUAAUCUCAGCAAUGAUAAUACUUUAGAUGUAAAGGAAGAAUGACUGAAACAUAAGAAAAUACAAAAUAGAAACAGCAAUAGGCCACAUAUCUGCCCUGCCCUACCCUUGCACAAAACCUGGCUGAUCUUUACCUAGAUAAACCUCUGCCUUCAGACUUCCCGUGUCCAAACAUCCAUUGCUCAUCCAUACUCAGUGACCGGAGAUCAGAGGAAGAGGGUAAUAGUGGAUGGGCGUUGUUUGUACUGGGUCUGUAAUAAGUAGAGUGUAGGUGGUCUGAUUAGUAAGUUUAGAGGCAACGUGGAAAUUGGUAGAGUCAUAGAUGAUGAAGAAGUUUGUUUAAAGAUACAGCAGGACAUAGAUCAGCUGGAGAGUUGGGUAGAUGGGUGGGCACGUGGAAAUUAAUACAGACCAAUGUGAGGUAUCACAGUUUGAGAAGUCAAAUUCUGGUGGGACAUGUGGAAUAAAUCGCAGGGACAAGAGCAUUUAUGUUUGGAGGGAACUUGGGGUGCAAGUUUAUAGCUUGCUGAAAGUAGUGACACACGUGGAUGAUGUAAUCAAGAAGGCAUUUAAUAAGUUUGCCUUCAUAGGCUGAAGCUUUGAGUAUAAUAGUUGGAACAUCAUGUUGCAGUUGUACAAAACAUUGGUUAGAUUACACUUGGAGUUUCACGUACAAUUCUUAUUGCUACACAACAGGAAGAAUGUGGCAGCAACAGAGAGAACGCAAAAAAGGUUCACAAGAACUUUGCCUGAACUGAAGGUCUUAUAUUUACUGGGAAUAGAGAGGCUGGAUUUAAGCAUAGGCUUAAGGGAAGAGGCAAAAUAUUUCAGAGGGACCUUGAGGGCAACUUUUUCAUGCAGAGAGUAGAUUGUGUCUGGAAUGAGCUGACUGAUGAAACUACAGAAAAAAAAAUCCAAUCACAACUUUAAAAAUACAUCUGGAUAGAUAUAUGGAUCAGAUGGGUUUCGAAGGGUAAGGACCGAAUGCAGGCACAUUGGAUUAAAUGAGUGACUUUUCCUGUUGAGUGAACAGUUCAUGAGCCUUUGGCUCACCCAAUAAAAUACCAGCAUUGUACCUAUUUGCUAUGAACAUCAGCAUGUACCCCAACCCUAGAAACUACACACGAGUCCAUGGGGACUUCUACUGCAAUCUUGUCUGCAGAAGGACACAAAUUGACCCUCCAGAUAGCUUCAAUGCCAGGGCUGGAAACAACAUAAAUCUUUCAGUAGGGCAUGGUUAAUAAAGAGUAAGCAUGGAAAGUUAACAUUAACAGGUUUUCGCCUUAAGAAAUGCCUAGUUUUGUCAUAACAAACUACUUUUUCACAAGGUGGAAAAGCACAAGACUUCACGGGAAUACCCCUGAUUAGAACUGUUCAGUUAUAUAGAAUCAAAGUAAAAUGUAGCACAAAACGGGCCCUUCACAUCAACUUGUCCAUGCCAAACAAGAUGCUGAUGACAUUUACCCAAAUAUCUUUUAAAUGUUGUUAUUGUACCUGCAUCAACUACGUCCUCUGGUAACUUGUUCCAUUUGGAAACCACCCUCUGUGUGGAAAACUUUGCCCCUCGUGUUCCUAUUAUAUAAUUCUACUCUCGUUCAACCUCUGCCAUCUUGAUCUUGAUUUCCCUACCCCAGGAAAAAUGGUUAUUCACCCUAUCUAUUCCUCUUGUGAUUUUAUGCACCUUUAUUAAUUCACUGUUCAGCCUGUUGCGCUACAAGAAAUAAAGUCUUAGCCUGCCCAACAUAUGGCUCAUGCUUUCGAGUACUGGAAACA